AUGGAAGAAGAUCGAGAUGCCAAUGUAGAACAGUGGAAAAUCAAAAGACUAAUAAAGAAGCUAGAGAAUGCUAAGGGGAACGGAACCAGCAUGAUCAGCCUGAUAAUUAAAAACAAGGAUGAAGUUUCUCGAAUAAAUAAAAUGUUGGCAGAUGAACUUGGAACAGCUUCUAACAUUAAAAGCAGAGUUAACCGUCUUAGUGUGUUGUCUGCGAUUACGUCUACACAGCAAAAACUGAAGCUAUACAAUAAGACGCCUCCCAAGGGUCUUGUGGUUUACUGUGGGACUGUGAUAACGGAAGAUGGAAAAGAAAAGAAAAUGUCCAUAGAUUUUGAGCCAUUCAGACCAAUAAACACAAGUUUGUAUCUGUGUGAUAAUAAAUUUCAUGUGGAAGCAUUGAAGGAGUUAUUAGAAAGUGAUGACAAAUUUGGUUUUAUAAUAGUGGAUGGAAAUGGAGCAUUAUUUGGUACCAUCCAAGGGAAUACAAGAGAAGUAAUCAGAAGAUUUACUGUUGAUUUACCUAAAAAACAUGGAAGAGGUGGUCAAAGUGCUUUACGUUUUGCUCGAUUAAGAUUAGAAAAGAGACACAAUUAUUUAAGAAAGGUAGCAGAAGUGGCAACAUCUGUUUUUAUAACGAAUGACAAAAUUAACGUAUCUGGAAUUGUACUGGCAGGUAGUGCAGAUUUUAAAAAUGAUUUACUACAUAGUGAUAUGUUUGAUCAACGAUUAUUCGCUAAAGUUAUAAAAAUUGUGGAUAUAUCUUAUGGUGGAGAUAAUGGAUUCAAUCAGGCAAUUGAAUUAAGUUCAGAAGCAUUACAAAAUGUUAAAUUUAUUCAAGAAAAAAAAUUAAUUGGAAAAUUUUUUGAAGAAAUAGCACAAGACACAGGAAAAGUUGUUUACGGAAUUGAAGACACUUUAAAAGCACUAGAAAUUGGAGCUGUUGAAUUGUUAAUAUUGUAUGAAGGUUUAGAUAUAAUCAGAUUAACCACACGUAAUAAUGUCACAAAUACAACCAAAACUAUGCACAUCUCCCCACAUGAUGAAAAGCAAGAAUCUUUGUAUAAAGAAAAUAAUGUCGAAUUAGAAGUUGUUGAAAAAAUCUCUCUAACCGAUUGGGUUAUAAAUAAUUACAAAAAAUAUGGAGCCUCCCUAGAUUUUGUCACGAACAAAUCUCAAGAGGGUGCACAAUUUCAGAAGGGAUUUGGAGGGUUCGGUGGCAUGCUUCGCUACAAGCUGGAUCUCAAUUUGUAUGAUGAGGAUGUCGAGAGUGACGCAGAGCUCUUCUGA